GAGCCGGGCUGGAGAUGGGGCCGGGCGCGGUGCAGGCGGAGACGAGCGUGCGGCUGGCCGUGCUGGGCGCGGCGGGCGUGGGCAAGACGGCGCUGGUGCGGCGGCUGCUGCGCGGCUCCUUCGAGGCGCGGCACCGGCGCACGGUGGAGGAGCUGCACGUGCUGGAGCUGGAGCCCGAGCCGGGCCGGCGGCUGCGCCUCGAGAUCCUGGACACGAGCGGCAGCUACAGCUUCCCGGCCAUGCGGCGCCUCUGCCUGAGCCGCGCCGACGCCUUCGUGCUGGUCUACUCGCUGCAGGAGCCCGACAGCUUCGGCGAGGUGCGGCGGCUGCGGGACGAGCUGCUGGCCGCGCGGCGGGACGCGGCGCCCGUGCUCGUCGUGGCCAACAAGAGCGACGCGGAGGCGGAGGAGCUGGCGGCCGAGGCGGGGGCCGCGCUGGCCGCCGCCGUGCAGCGCGACUGGGGCUGGGCGCACGUGCGGGCCUCGGCGCGCCUGGGCCACGGGCUGCGGGAGCUGCUGCGGGAGCUGCUGCGCCACGCGCCGCCGCCCAGCCCCAAGCCCGCGCCGCGCCGCGCGCACAGGGGCCCCGCCUGCGCCCUCUGCUAGCGCCGGCCGGACGGCGGGGGGCCGCCGGCGGCUCCCGGGACUCGCACUCGCACUCGAGCUGGGGUCAUCUAGACCCAGCACUCUUUCCUGCCUGUGCAGGGGUCGGACUCGAUGAUCUAUUGAGAUCCCUUUAGACCCGAACAUCUAUGAAUCGAGCAGCGCGCGCUCGCCACGGACCUCGCACCGGGGGCGGCGGGGCCGGCCCCGCGCCGGGCAGCGCACAGACUGAGGGGUCGGGAAUAAAGUGUUGCACUGA